AUCAAAUUCCACAGACGAUUUACUGGACGAUCUCCUUUGGCGUGACACGAAAACCCUAAUUUGAUUAUAAAUUCCGCAAAAAUUUGAACAAAGUUAUUUGUGGUUCGAAUAUUUGAUCAAAAUUUUAGCAAUUGAAUCAGGUAAUGGGACGUCGGCGGGCGUUUGGGGCUUUGAUUUUGAUUUGCUUAUUUCUGGUUCCCGAAGGGAGAGAACUCAAGAUCAAGGAUGAAGAUUACACUGAUAUCUACAACCAUACACUUGCAGUGAUACUAGCGGAGUAUGCCUCUGCUGUGUACGUGACUGAUCUAACUGAACUCUUUACGUGGACCUGCUCUAGGUGUACUGAUUUGACGACAAGCUUUGAGAUGAUAGAACUGAUUGUUGAUGUCCAGAACUGCUUACAGGCAUUUGUCGGUGUUGACCACAAUCUUAAUUCCACCAUUAUCGCUUUCAGAGGCACCCAAGAGCACAGGUACAUUCAGAACUGGAUUGAAGACCUCUUUUGGAAACAAGUGGAUCUGAACUAUGAUGACAUGCCUGAUGCGAUGGUACACCGUGGAUUCUAUUUGGCUUACCAUAACACGACUCUGCGACCUGGCAUUCUAAGUGCUGUCCAGAGGACAAAGGAAUUAUAUGGAAAUCUGCCCAUAAUGGUUACUGGUCAUUCGAUGGGAGGGGCUAUGGCUUCCUUUUGCGCUCUUGAUCUUACUGUCAACUGUGGAGAAUCCGAUGUUCAACUCAUGACUUUUGGACAGCCUAGAAUCGGCAAUGCUGUUUUUGCUUCAUACUUCAGCAGACUUUUACCAAAGACGAUUAGGGUGACACACGAGCACGACAUGGUGCCACAUCUACCACCGUAUUAUUCUUGUUUCCCUCGGAAGACAUAUCAUCACUUCCCUAGAGAGGUGUGGCUCCACAAUGCCGGUAUAGGAAGUCUUGUAUACUUGGUUGACGAAAUCUGCGACAGCACUGGCGAAGACCCAAAUUGUAGCAGGUCUGUGAGCGGGAACAGCAUUUUGGAUCACCUUACAUAUUACGGCAUCCAGCUAUCAGCAGAUUCCUGGGGCUCUUGCAGAAUAGUGAUGGACAUAAAAAUUAAGCAAUACCACAUGGACUCUGUUGGCAACAUUAUCAUGUCAAGAGACCCGUCUAUGCCGUCGUUUCUAAAGCUUGUUUCACAAAAUAAUACUGGCAGCAGUUCUGUAUGAGCAUCAGUAGCAGUGAUGGGAACUACUCAUCCUCCAGUGAGUUUAUCGUCUGGAACUCGAAGCCCCUUCAAUGGAUGUUGAAGAAAUAAGGGGGAAUGGAAGAAAAGAGUCUGUAUAUAUAUUGUAUAUAGUUGGAUUGUGGGGGGAAUGGAAGAAAAGAGUCUGUAUAUAUAUUGUAUAUAGUUGGAUUGUAAUUUCUGAAUGUAUGUAUGUGUUUGUUCUCUUGGA